UUGGGUGGCCGGCCGCCGGCGCGCUGUUGCCGCAGCUGCAGGCCACCUCCGGGGUGGCGCUCUCCCCGCCGGCCUGCAAGGGGCCGCCGCCGGGAAGGGGUGAGGGGGGGCCGGCGAGGCCGCUCCGCCCCAUCCUCGCCGCGCAGCUGGGCGGAGGCCGGCAAGCCUCCAGCAAAGGACCUCCGUAGAGCGCAGGGGGCGAGCCCGGGGCUCAGCCGCCCUUUGUCCUCCGGCGGGCGGGCGGGCGGACUUGCGCGUGGGGCUGACGCCCCCCUCCUCCUCCUCUCUUCCAGGCCUCCCGUCGCCGGCGCCCAUGGCUGCUGCGCCCCCUUGCCCGAAGCGCUGUCCGCGGCGCUCGGCCAGGCUGCUGGGGGGGCUCUUCUGCAGCCUGGCCGCCCUCUCGACGCUCACGUUCCUGGCCGGCGGCGGCCACGAGGAGCUGCUCUCCCGCUCGCUACCCUUGCUGCUGGCCGCCGGCGGGGGGCAGCAGCCCGUCGGCGCCCCACUCCUGCCCGCGGACGACGCCUUUCUGCUGGUGCCGCGGCCGGGCGCCUGCGCCCCGAGCGGCCCCUGGUUGCUGGUGCUGGUGGCCAGCGCGCCGGGGCACGUGGCGCAGCGGCAGGCGGUACGUCGCAGCUGGGGAGGGGCCCGGCGCGCGGCCGGGCGCAGCCUGUGGACCGUCUUCGGGCUGGGGAUGCCCGGCGAGCCGGAGCAACAGGCGGCGCUGGAGCGCGAGGCGCGUGAGCACGGGGACCUGCUGCAGGCGCGCUUCGUGGACUCGUACGCCAACCUGACCCUGAAGACGCUGGCGCUGCUGGGCUGGGCCGCUGCCCGGUGUCCCGACGUCCGCUUCCUCGUCAAGGCCGACGACGACGUCUUCCUCAACCUGCCCGCCCUGGCGCGCCACCUGGGCCAGCUGGCCGGCCCGCCCGCCGCCUACCUGGGCCGCAUCCACUGGCGCGUGCACCCCAGCAGGGACCCGCGCAGCCGCCACCACGUGCCCGCCUCGCUCUACCCGGAGCGCGCCUUCCCGCCGUACUGCAGCGGCACCGCCUACGUGCUCUCCGCCCCGGCAGCCGCCGCCGUGCUGGGCGCGGCCCGCCAGCUGCCGCUGCUGCCACUGGAGGACGCCUUCGUGGGCCUCUGCGCCCGCCGCGCCGGCAUCGCCCCGCGCCACCUGGCGCACAUGGCCGGGGCCGCCCGCUUCCCGCCCGACGCCUGCUGCUACCGGGAGGUGCUCUUCAGCGUGCACAGCGUGGCGCCCGCGCAGAUGGUGGCCAUGUGGGAGGCGGCGGAGCAGCCCUGCAGCGCCUGGCAGCGCGCCCUCGGACUGGCCCGCUGCAAGGCUCUGGCCUGGCUGGCGGCGCUGGCCCUGUGACCGCGGGCGGUGGGGGCAGCCGCCGGCCGGCCCGCUCGGUUCUGGACCUCCCGCCUGGCUGCGGAAGCGGGCGGGACGCGG